AUGGGUGACUACUCGAAAGCACUUGAAUUUUACGAAAAAGCACAUAAAAUAAAAGAAAAAGCUCUGCCUCCGAAUCAUCCCGAGUUGGCUACUUCCUACAACAACAUCGGUGGAGUGUAUAAGAACAUGGGUGACUACUCGAAAGCACUUGAAUUUUACGAAAAAGCACAUAAAAUAAAAGAAAAAGCUCUGCCUUCGAAUCAUCCCUCAUUGGCUACUUCCUACAACAACAUCGGUUUGGCUUAUUACGGCAAAGGAGACUACUCAAAAGCACUAUCAUUCUUAGAAAAGGCACUUUCUAUCUGGCAAAAAUCACUUCCACCUAACCAUCCUAAUAUUAAAACAGUCAAAAACUCAAUUGACAAUGUAAAAAAGAAAAUGUAA